AUGGCUGAGAGCACCGCAAAGGCCGUCAUGGCCCCUCAUGACCGGGAGGAGAAGAAGCGGCUUGCUGAAGCUGAGAAAACCUACGGCCGUGGCAAGGGUAACUCGACAAAGAGUGUUCGCGAUAAGAAGCUCCGUGCUACCCUCAAAGCGCAAGAAUCGAAGCAUAAGCAGGCGAUCCUGCGGGCCAAGGAUGCGGAAAUUCUGCUCGAGCAUGAAGCAGGUUUUCUCGAACCAGAAGGAGAGCUCGAAAGGACCUACAAAGUACGACAGGAUGAGAUUCAAGAGAGUGUUGGACUGGAGACAGCGAAGAAAGGAUUCGAGCUGCGACUGAACGACUUCGGUCCCUACCGUGCAGACUACACAAGAAACGGUCGUAAUCUUCUGCUGGCUGGACGAAAGGGCCAUGUGGCGACCAUGGACUGGCGUGAUGGGAAGUUGGGGUGCGAGUUGCAAUUGAACGAGACGGUCCGCGAUGCACGUUGGCUCCACAACAACCAAUACUUUGCGGUUGCACAGAAGAAAUAUGUCUACAUCUACGAUCACAACGGCGUUGAGCUUCAUUGUUUAAAGAAACAUGUGGAGCCGCUGUUCCUCGAAUUCCUCCCCUACCAUUUCCUACUUGCUUCUGCUACAGUGGCUGAGCUUCCUACUCGUCUCGGUCGACCUACCGCCCUCACCCAGAACCCUCAUAACGCCAUCCUUCACGCUGGACAUCAGAAUGGAACGGUGACUUUAUGGUCUCCAAAUUCUCAAACUGCGCUCGUGAAGGCUCUUGUUCACCGAGGGCCCGUCCGCUCUUUAGCAAUUGAUCGGCUGGGUCGCUACAUGGUUUCCACUGGCCAGGAUCAGAGAAUGAAUGUGUGGGACAUUCGGAUGUUCCAAGAGGUGCAUUCCUAUUCCUGCCACCAGCCCGGUGCGGAUGUUGCCAUCAGUGAUCGUGGGCUUACUGCAGUUGGCUGGGGAACCCAAGUCAGUGUUUGGCGUGGUCUCUUCGAUGCAGCGGUUGCCGAUCAGGGCAAGGUCAAAAGCCCCUACAUGGCAUGGGGUGGCGAUGGACAACGCAUCGAGAAUCUCCGGUGGUGCCCAUACGAAGAUGUUCUCGGCGUCACCCACGACCAAGGAUUCGCCAGCCUCCUCGUUCCCGGCGCAGGUGAACCCAAUUUCGAUUCGCUCGAGGCGAACCCGUACGAGAACACCAAGCAGCGCCAGGAGGCCGAGGUGCAGGCUCUGCUGAACAAGCUGCAGCCCGACAUGAUCUCCCUCGACCCCAACGUCAUCGGUAAACUCGAUACCAUCAACGACAAGAAGAUGCGAGAAGAGAAGGACCUUGACCGCCGGCCCGAUGAGCAUAUGGAGAAGAUUAAGAACCGUGGGCGUGGUCGCAACAGUGCUUGCGCAAAUACCUGCGUAAGAAGGGUCGUGGAAACGUUAUUGACGAAAAAAGACUCAAGGCGGAGGCUCUGCGCAAAGAGCAUGCGGAACGUCGCAAGAACCAGCUUCAAAACGAGCGCGAGGGUCUUGGGCCGGCCCUGGGUCGGUUUGCGAAGAAUUCCUCCUAGGACUUGUGUCCGGUUUCGAUUAUUUUCUUUUGGCUAUCACAAGGGCAGCAGAGCCCAGGGCCAUUAUCAGAUACCCAGCUUUAUGAGGUCCAUCAUAGAGAUCCAGCGGUCAUGCAUUUUAGGCGUUGGGACGGAAUGA